AUGCCUCCUGCUUUGGGUCUUCAUAAAGUCCCGACCUCACGGGAGCACUGUGGAGGCAAACUCCUGUCAGGCAGACAGAGCAGCCUGUCAGUCGGCAGCAGAGCAGCGCAGAGGGAGCGUCAGCAGUCUUCAGAGUUUCUGGGAAACAGAGAGGACUUCCCUGCUUCGAUAGACAAACUACAGCAGCUGAUAGAAGUUCACGUCCUACAAUCGCCCUUCACUGAGCAGCAACAGGUUUUGGAGUGUGAGGAGAACACAGGCAGAGGAGGAGUGUGGAAAUUUGCCGUUUUGAGCGAGGAGCUGACCUUUCACCUCCAGCAGCUGCAGAGACGGACAGAGCAGGAGCUCAGCAACAUACACACACAACUCUCACAGAUUGAAGGCCGCCAUCAGCUGCUUACCGCUGAGCUUUUGAAUCUUCAGGAGAAGAAGAAACAGACUGAACACGAGCUUAAAAGGAACUUGAGCCUUCAGACGUCCACUUUUCAGCUGCGUGCUUUUCGGGAGCUUCAGGCCUCCAUCACCGAGCGUUUGCUCCAAUCAGAGAAGUUGGUGUUCCAAGAGGAGGCACUGAGCGCGCUCCGUAACCUGCUGACUCAAGACCUGCAGAGGUACCAAGAGGAGACACAGAGACUGACCUGUUUCACACAGAAAAUACUCAAACAGUCCCACAGAGAGGAGACAAUCACCAGCAGACAGAGUGACCGCAGCAUGCAGGGAAAGAACGAGACCGAACCAGAAAACAACAUGCAUUCGCCCGAGUCGUCUUCCUCCCAAUCACCACAUAACCUUCAACAGGCCACCGACGAAGAAGAGGCAAAGCAGGCCUGGAGCGCCAAUCAUAAGAAACAAGCUGCAGGGCUGUCCCGCAGUUCAAACCUGCGCCGAACCGGCAGCGUCAAAGACCUGAUCAAUAAAUUCUCUGGUCCAGAUAGCGUCGCUCCGUCCGGUUCCCCACAGAGUCCUACAUCUGGAGCAGGGAAAAUCACAAAGUCUGAGUCUGUAAAGUCCAAAUCGAGUCCGUCCACACCGAGCGGUGUCGGACAAGUUGAGGGUCCAGUCCCCAGCAUCACUGUGACGCCUCCAUUCAGGGUGACCGGUCAGAACGUGGCUCAGUCAGCUCAGACUGGCACCAAAAUGAGUCAGAUUGCCGCGAGAAUCGAUUGUCCAGUAGGACGCAGUGCUGAGAAGAUCAAUCCAGAACCAAAGAGCAAAACACAAACCACAAACUCUGGCAGAGACUCGGUGGCUGACUCAGGCAUGGGAUCGGAGCCUGAACUUGAUUCAAACAAGCAGCCCGACAGUCCGUCUGAGGACGAGCCCACCACACCCCGAGCUGCACCGCCCAGCCAGAACCCGAAAUAUCAGCUGUUCCUCAACAAGGAGCCCAAGAUCAACGGGUUGAGUGGCAGGGAUGCAGAUGGUCCAGGAGGCGGCGGGACGGUGGGGGAGAACGGCCACAAGCUGGCCCGAUGGGAUAACACACGGCUGGGACUGAACCAAUAUCGAGGGUCCCUGGAGUCCCUUGCCUCGCGGGAUUGGGACGCUAUGUCUGACAGGUGGGGUGUUGAGAGUCCUCCCAGAGUGUUCAACAGUCCCUACACCACCACCACCUCCUCCAUGGAUUACAACCCCAUGUUCCGAAUGUCUGAGUUCAAG